GGGGGCACGACAAGCCCAUCUAUGAUUGGUUGGCUGCCAUGUUGAAGGGGGGGAAACCCCUCUUUCCUGUGAAGAGGACCUCAGAAAGGGGGCGGUGCAUAACAAUGAAAAGUAAUGGCUAUCUGUUUAGGUUCUGUGAAAGGAGGUAUUUUUUUACUGUCGUACAACCGUAGGUGUGUCUCACAUGUUAUUAGCGUAAUAUCCGUUUGACGGCUAAGUUGUAAUAUGCGUUUUUCCUCCGCUUACUGUCCACACUCUGCGGACUGCAGGGCGGCUGCAGUAGCUGUCUGAACUUGGGGCCGCGUUUUAGGGUAAAAGCAGCCAGGCAGCCACGCUAACGUUAGCUACUACAACCAACGUCGCUGCUGCUGCUGCCGCUGUCUUUGGAGAAAAAGGGCGUACAUACAACUCGUCACAUUCCCUGAGGUACACGGCGUUUCAUCUCUUCCAACAAAGACGAGCCCCUCAAUGCUUGGCCAGUCGACAUGAGGGGGGGCACUCCGUGAGGAAAUGAAAAGGAGAACCGACAAACCCGACGACUUAACGGAGGAUUAUCAACAAGGCAGCUCGGUGUUUACAGGGAAAAGUUGAGCCGAGGAUUAACAUCUUGGGGUAAACCGAAGAAGGCUUCAAGUAUUACCUACUGUACACGGGCAUGCAAAUACUCCAGUGAUGGAGGCCACGGUUGUGAGUACAUCCUCUCAGCCCCCUGAUGAGUUCGACAGGAACAUGCCGCGGAUCUGCGGCGUGUGUGGUGACAAAGCCACAGGCUUCCACUUCAAUGCAAUGACCUGUGAGGGCUGCAAGGGUUUUUUCAGGCGCAGUAUGAAACGCAAGGCCACCUUCACCUGUCCCUUUAAUGGAAGCUGCACCAUCACCAAGGACAACAGGCGCCACUGCCAGGCCUGUCGCCUCAAACGCUGCGUGGACAUUGGCAUGAUGAAAGAGUUUAUUCUGACGGACGAAGAAGUGCAGAGGAAGAAGGACCUCAUUCAGAGGAGAAAAGAUGAGGAGGCACAGCGUGAAGCAGAGAGAGAGGCGCGGCGACCCCGGCUCACCGAGGAGCAAAGUCAAGUCAUAUCAACACUGGUGGAGGCGCACCACAAAACAUAUGAUGACUCCUACUCUGACUUCUGCCGCUUUAGGCCUCCUGUGCGUGAGGGUCCAGUGACACGCAGCGCCAGCAGAGCCGCCUCUCUUCACUCGCUGUCUGAUGCCUCUUCUGACUCAUUCAGCCAUUCUCCUGAGUCAGUGGACACCAAAGUGAACUUCAACAACCUACUCAUGAUGUAUCAGGAGCAGGGCAGCAGCCCGGAUUCCAGCGAGGAAGAAGGCAACGGCCUCUCUAUGCUGCCACACCUGGCUGAUCUGGUGUCCUACAGCAUCCAGAAAGUGAUUGGAUUUGCCAAAAUGAUUCCUGGAUUCAGAGAGUUAACUGCAGAAGACCAGAUCGCCCUGCUCAAGUCCAGCGCCAUUGAGGUGAUCAUGCUGCGCUCAAACCAGAGUUUCAACCUGGAGGACAUGUCUUGGAGCUGCGGUGCACCUGACUUUAAAUACCAGAUCAGUGACGUCACCAAAGCUGGUCACACCCUGGAUCUCUUAGAGCCACUCGUGAAGUUCCAGGUAGGGCUGAAGAAGCUCAACCUGCACGAGGAGGAACACGUGCUGCUGAUGGCCAUCUGUUUGCUUUCUCCAGACCGUCCAGGCGUGCAGGAUCAUGCACGAGUCGAAGCCCUUCAAGACCGUCUUUCAGAGACCCUGCAGGCCUACAUUCGCUUUCACCACCCAGGAGGCCGGCUGCUCUACGCCAAGAUGAUCCAGAAACUGGCCGACCUGCGCAGCCUCAACGAGGAGCACUCCAAACAGUACCGCUCGCUCUCCUUCCGGCCGGAGCACAGCAUGCAGCUCACACCACUGGUGCUGGAGGUGUUCGGCAGCGAAGUUUCUUAGAGGCCUCGUGGAAACUGCAGGGAGGAAGCUGCAGACGAGGCCCCUGGGAGAAGAAGAUGAAGGGAGGGUGUAGAGAAAGUGCCGAUUGGUCUGAAUUGAGGCGUUCGGGAGAAGAGACGGUUUGUGUGUGUGUGUGUGUGUGUGUGUGUGUGUCUGUCAGUUUCACGUGUGUCAUGUGUGGAGAGGUCCAGUUUGGAGAAAAGACCGUGUUUUAUGGUGAGCGUGCAGGUGUCGUGAGACGGGGUGAACAGGGGACCUUCGGCUAACUGAAAAGGAAACUUCACAUACACAGUAUUUUUUUUCUCUGUAUUUAAAUCAACCAACAGCUGUUUGGAACACCAGGAACUUUUCAUGUGUGGAUGUCGCACAUGCCAACACAACCGACACACUCAGUUAUUCAUCUAGCUAUUCAGUUGAGCUACCUCUUGGUUUUACUGGGGUUGUUUUCUAUCUGCGUCACUUUUGUGAUACAGUCACUUUUACACAAUGCAAUUUAGAUACAGUACGAACGACAUUUCUGUUUUAUUGCAACACCAGUGCCUGCACAUUACUUCUGGAACAUUUUUGGAUGUUUCAGUAUCUCUUUUUUUUCCCUUUCCGCUUUCUCUCAAAAGCAGCAUAUAUAUAAACAGGACUCUGCAUUACAAUUCAGACAAAUGCCUUUUACCUUUCACCAAAGGUAUGGAUAACUACUUUCUCAUACAACUUCCAGUACCUUUAAAAUAACAGGAACAAGACGGUUGGUGGUGGGUUGUUUCACAUGUGAAGCCUCUUGACAUGCCUGCAGGUUUCUUUUGACUUAACCUGCAACUAAUGAAGGAAAAUGUCAUUAUGUAGUGUUUACACUACAGAGAAUCUAAUCUGUAAUCUAGUCUAAGAUAUAGGGAGUUUGGGAUUGAGGGUGAGAAUUAGCCACUAAAUGCUUUUUUUCCACUGCUACCUGCCAAUCAAAGUGAGCCUGCGCUCAGGCUUCUGUCUGUCCUUUUGAAAAUAAGGUUUCAUGCUAUUCUGUCGUUUAAUCGUCUUUCCUGUAAAUACUACACCUCGACCACAUGUAUCCUAAGCACUGUCUUUAUCAUCCUUUUGCUCGAGUUUAUCUAUCGAUGUAUGCUAAUCUAUAUGAUCACAGAUUUUUUAAAAGGGCUAAAAUGCCAAAAUUGAACUGGAACAGUUAUUUUGAAGGCCAAAGCAAGAGGCCGCUGUUUGCUACCAACCGUACACCGCUGCAGACGUUAACAGGAAUCAGCACAGAUUUAACUUCAUUGGUGUGGGUUUUUGUUUUAUCUUUUAAAAAAAAAAACAAUUCCAUGAAUUGUUCCACCUCAGUACACACGGAGCUCAGUGGGCGGAGAGCAUGAGACGCUGCUGCUUCAGACCUCCACAGAUAUCGCACAUCCCUUUCAUUUCUGACUGGGAAGUGGAUUUUCUAGAAUGUCUAGGGUCCUGGUUGUUUGGUGCUCUGCACCUCUACACCCAGGCCCUCCAGUUUGAUGAUGUUAUGCUGCGCAGCCCUCUAGUGGCUGCAUUGUGUAAAUACCAAGUAUAAAUAUAUCAAUAGUAUAUAUACUGUAUGUGAUGUGUUCAUGGCUGUACAUAGGGCUACAUGGGUAUGUCAACGGGCAAAACUUUUAAAAGACAUAUGCAAAUACAAUAGUGAUUUUUCGUUUUGGAUGCAUUAUCUCGUGAAUGAUGUGCGUACUUUGCGCGUUUGACUCAGAUUUUGAUUGGUGCAGCGGCGGACUGAUGCAUUUGACUAAUUUCUAAGGGUUUUCUUGUCAGAAAAAAGGACAAACGUACCAUGCUGCUCUCUUAUCUAAGCCAUAUAGAUCACCCAGCUAGUUAUACACCUGAUGUAUUAGUAUGUCAAAGAGAUGACUCCAGAGCCUUACAUACCCUCAUGAUAUUCUCUUUCCAACUGGUAUGCUUUUUAUAACUACGGCUAAUGAACGAUAAGCUUGUGUAUGAUAUCGACUCAUAUGCCUUCUCUCUGCUGUCGGUCGUCUUUGUCUUACGCCUCGUCAGGUAGCAUCUAAUGGCUUAUACCAAACUGCCAGGAAAUGUAAAUCAUUGUUGUUUGUCCUGGUCCUGGGAUUUUUUUGUCAAGUUAACAAAAUUAUGUUAUGUGGAAAAAAAAGUUUCCCAAAAAAUGGGUAAUGUCAAUCUGCCAUCUGCUGGUGGGUUGUUUUGCAAGAAGCUUGUUGGCCUGAGAAGACACAGCAACAGUCUUAAUCUUAUUGUUGUUUGCUUGCUGUGUAAAAAAGAAAAAGAAAAAAAAAGGUUCCUCUGACUGGCCGCGUGGGCUUCCAUUGUCAGCAGUAGAGCUUCCUUCAUCUCCAGGGUUGAGCUGUGAUCAGACAGACAGAGAGAGAGAGAGAGAGAGAGAAAGAGAGAGAGAGACUGAGGGUGAAAGUGUGUUUUUUGUUGUUGAUCUCAGUAACUGUCCAGUCUACACCUCCACGGUGGUCACUGUGACUUCGUCCAACUUUUCACACUGCUUCACUGUGAUGCUCAACAUGCUGACGGUUUACAUUGGACACAUAUAGUCUACAGAGUAAAACUGUUUUUUUGUGGGGUUUUAUUUUUUGGGUGAGGGGACGGAGGUCAUUUUUAGGCAGUACCACUCAUGUUGUGUUGUGUGUGAUGAGGGCUAUGAUGUGCUUGGUUACUGAACACUGACCUUUGGAAGGUUUGAGAAGUCUCCAUUUCCACUUCAUAGAAUUCGUUUUAUCCUGAUGGUGGAGUGUUGUGUUGUGAUGUUUGUUUGAAGAGGGUGGGAGUGUUGACGAACAUGUAAGUGCCACGCGGACAGUUCCCGCCACAUCAGAACAGAUUCAACAAAGCGUUUUGUAUUUGAGACAGGGUUUUAAAACCAAAAAGGAAGUGUCUUUGAAUGCACCGUGCAGCCACUGUUAGCAAAUGCAAAGUUUGACGACAGGAAGAUGGACACAGUUUUGUUGUUUUCCCUUUUUCUUCUAAUUAUGUUUAAUAAGUUGAACCCCCUCACUGUAAAUAUGGUUCUUUCUUAGACUUUCCUCUUUGGUUUUUCCUGCGCGGCCCGCAGAAUUCAUAUUACCAAACCUUUAAAACGUGUUUUUUAUAAAAUAGCAAUGCAUAGAAAUUACAUAUUAGUGGGAACAUAUACACUACGAAACACACUUCCUUUUUUGAUGGUUUCAACAUAACAAGAGUAACAUCUCCUGCAAUAUAUAACUAACGGUACAGUAUCACCAGCAAGCUUUACUCUUAAUCUCACUGCUCGUGUCAGUUGACUUCUUAAAUUUUUCAUUAUAUUUUUGUUCUAUACCGUUUCUAUUACAAACCUGUCUGUAAAACAUGCUUAUUUUGUGUCAUUUAUAGGAACCAGUUGCCAGUCUCACAUGAAAAACUUAUAUUUUAUUAUUAUCAUUAUUAUUGUUGUUAUUUUCUUCCUUUCAUUAGGACAGAGAUUGCAAUGAAUUCAACUUAAUGUAGUUCUUAAGCAGCAGGAGUGGAUGUAAACCAUAAUCUACCUAAAAAAAACCUACCUCUCUUAGCUCAAAUGUUUUUUGUUUGUUUUUUGUUGUUGUUUUUUUUUUUCAUUUAGCAUUUGCCUCUGUUUUAACUUUUGUAAAAUUUGUAUUCAUGUUGGUAUUUAUUACUGUCUAAUGAGUCGUACUUCAGUGAUUACCUCAAGGCAUAUCUCACAGAUUUGGGAGAGUCCAGCUAAUGAAGUCAUUCUUCUUCUUCUUUGCUUUCUUUUUAUUAUCUGUAUAGAAUUUCCUGCUCAGAUUAACAUUGCCUUUUUAUAAUGCACAAAGAAAAGUACCAGGAGUGUGUGUCGAUCCAGUGCCUGUAGUUUGACCAACAGGGCUCGGACUGGCUAGGAUGAGGCUGCAUUCACUCCAGAAGUGAUGUCCUCUCUGCGUUUUUUUGUCCUUUUGUCUUUGUCCUUAGGACAUGCGUGUUCUCCAGGGACACCAGAUGCUAUUAAUCUUGUUGCUUUCUCCUCUUAUGCAGCCACAGUAUCUCCACAGAGUUCCGCUCCUCUCUGUGUCCUUGCCGUUAAAGAUAAGCUGAAUGUCUUCAUUAUUCUCUGAGAGUGAACUGAUCAGAGGAGUUUUUCUGGGGUGAAUGCAGUUGGCUAGAAGGAACAUCCUGAAAUGACUCUAUGGCAGUAAGAGAGAGAAGAGGAGAUGUGUCUGUGACUCUACCACGUUCUAAAUUCUCUACGUCUCUUUCUGUCUUAAAGUCUGUCUCGUAGGCCGUACAUGAGAAGUGGACAAUUUUCUUUUGUCCGACUGUGAACUCUGAUGUUGUUAGGCUUUACUUGUUCGUGACACUUAUUUUAUUGAGCUGCAUCAUAAUGUACAAAUUCCACAAAAGGAGUCUGUGAGUUCCUCGGGACAGUGGCGGCGUUUACCGUCUUUAUGAAUCAAAUGAGAAGUAGCAGAAUUUCUUCACUUUCUUCCCAUUCAACUUCCCUGACUUCACUUUCAGAAACUUAAAAUUCUCCGUCCGUUUCCUGUGGACGGUUUGUGGUCUGCUGGCUCACCUUCAUUGUUCCCUGCCGUUGUUAGGGCGAAGCAAAGGGAAGAGAAAAAAGAAGGUUGUAAUCCUCAAUAUCCAUGCAAUGCUGCUUUUAUCUCAAACAUCACCAAGUCGUCUGUGUGUAAGUGUAUGUAUGUGACAUUGACGUGAUGAGGGAAUCAUCCAAAGUGCCGCCUCACCACAGCGUGGCGAGCCUCAUUCAAAGGUCGUGUCUUUUGAACCUUAUUAAAGCUUAGUGAUGCUUUUCUGGGAAAAUAUAAAUUCCAUUAUGAUCCAAGUAUAUUUACGGAACUACUUGCUUUGGUGAAUUGCGUUUAUUAUGUCUGUUUGUUUUUUUUUAUUUCUUUUAGUUUUUUGUCUUUUUUUUCCCUUUGUAUCCUUGUCAAACUGCUUCAGGUAAACACUGAAAGAAAUUAGAGUUUUUAUCGAUCAGUGAAUUUAACUAUGUGGAUUUAGUCCCAUUGACAGCCCCCGACCCCCGAGCUGUGUGCCAUAAAAUGAGCCCUUCAAUGCAGGGGGAGAGUGUUAAUGAAGCUGGUCCUGAGAGGACCGUCAGCUUCAUCAAAGUAGGAAGGUUGUCCACUUGUGAGAUUGGCUCCUGUCCUCGUGCUGUGUCAGACACGUGUACUGAUCUGUAUUUUUAGAGGAAGAAAAACACAAUUUGAAUUUGGCACAUUGUCCUAACCCUGCAUUGUGAAUCCAAAUCAUGCCACGUUCAAAGUAAAAUGCCUAAACCAACAAACGCACUUAAUGAAAUGUUUGCGACCGAUGCAAACUCCCCUAAUCGAGCCAUAAGCUGCCUGUUUAGGUCAGUGUCAUAUGGAUGUAAUUAUAUUUAAAAAAGAAAAUCGAGGCACCUAAAGUUUAAUGUAUUUGCAAAUUUCCUUUACACAAAAAUCAGCUUUUUUUCUAUAUAAAUUGAUGUUUAUGUAUUGUUAUUUUUGUCAGAUGUUUUGAAAAUUAAACAGUUGUACAUA